UAGUCUAUAUCACAGGCAUUGCUCUUCUCUGUAAUCAAACAAAAUAUAUAAAAAUAUAAAUAAAUAAAUAAAAUUCUUUCUAAUUGAUCUAUCAAAUUUGCAGAUCACAUCUUUUUGAAGCUCCAUAUACAAUGACUACAUCUAAGCGUUUAGCUGAUAGAAAGGUGGAGAGGUUUGAGAAGAAUAUCAAGAAGCGAGGUUCGGUGCCUGAAACCACGACAAAGAAAAAAGACUCUUACCCUGUUGGACCUAUGGUGCUUUGUUUUUUCGUAUUUGUCGUCAUUGGAUCAUCUUUGGUUCAGAUCAUCCGCACAGCAACAAGUGGAGGCAUGGCUUAAACCUUGAAGCAUCAAUGAUCCUUAUAGGUGGCUCAAGUCUAAUAUCUAGGAUGUGUUUAUGAUCUGUUGGUUAGAGAGCUAAUGUUGCCUUUAUGUCAGUUAAAAGAAUUUGUUGUGAUAUGAGAUAUAUAACUUAAUAAAUUAUAUAACGUUCUAUUUACUCUAAAAAGACGAUAAUAUGUGUUCAUCAUUUGUGUAUUAUGAGACAAUACACAGUUAUUGAAUUGAAUGUAGGGCUGAAGCUACAAAUUGAUUAUGAA